GUUCCUCCGAUCCUAUUGGACAAGCAGUUCUCUGACUUCACUCCUGACAUCACACCCAUCAUUCUGGCAGCUCACACCAACAACUAUGAGAUCAUCAAACUACUGGUGCAGAAAGGAGUGGCUGUUCCACAACCACACGAGGUACUUUAACCAUACCAGGAGCAUAGUGGUAUAGUAUAUUAUGCAGUAGUAUAUUGGUAUAGUAUAUUAUGCAGUAGUAUAUUGGUAUAGUAUAUUAUGCAGUAGUAUAGUGGUAUAGUAUAUGAUACAGUAGUAUAGUGGUAUAGUAUAUGAUACAGUAGUAUAUUGGUAUAGUAUAUUAUGCAGUAGUAUAGUGGUAUAGUAUAUGAUACAGUAGUAUAGUGGUAUAGUAUAUGAUACAGUAGUAUAGUGGUAUAGUAUAUUUGUCACGAUCGUCGGGAACAGAUGAGGACCAAGGCGCAGCGUUGCAGGCAAACAUACUCUUUAUUGAGCGAAACGUGAUCAAAACAACAAAGACGGUAACGUGACAGUACACGGUCAAACACAACCAACUUGAAACAAGAACCCACAAAAAACAAAGGAAAAACCGACAGUUUAAAUAUGGCUCCCAAUCAGAGACAACCAGCAAACAGCUGACACUCCUUGCCUCUGAUUGGGAGUCACUCAGGCCAACAUAGAAAUAGAGAACAUAGAUCUACACACCCUGGCUCAACAUAACAGUGUCCCCAGAGCCAGGGCGUGACAGUACCCCCCCCUAAAGGCGCGGACUCCGACCGCGCCAACUAAAUACCACAGGGGAGGGACCGGGUGGGCACUCCGCCUUGGCGGCGGAUCCGGCUCUGGGCCCGAUCCCCACUCCCUCUCCAACCCCCCAAAGUACCCCUGGUCUGGUCUGGCCCCGCUGGCCGGAGCCGGACUGACGACACGCACCCCUGGCUUGGUGCGUGGAGCAGGAACGGACCGGACCGGGCUGACGAUGCGCACCCCUGCCUUGGUGCAUGGAGUAGCAACUGGCCGGACCGGGCUGACGAUACACACCCCUGGCUUGGUGCGUGGAGCAGGAAUGGACCGGACCGGGCUGACGAUGCGCACCCCUGGCUUGGUGCGUGGAGUAGCAACUGGCUGGACCGGGCUGACGAUACGCACCCCUGGCUUGGUGUGGAGAGCAGGAGCGGGCCGGACAGGGCUGACGAAACGCACCACAGACUUGGUGCGGGGAGCAGGAAUGGGCCGGACUGGGCUGGCGACGUGCACCACAGACUUGGUGCGGAGAGCAGGAACGGGCCGGACAGGGCUGACGAAACGCACCACAGACUUGGUGCGGGGAGCAGGAAUGGGCCGAGCCGGGCUGACGAAACGCACCACAGACUUGGUGCGGGGAGCCGGAACAGGACGGGCCGGGCUGGCGACGCGCACCACAGGAUCGAUGCGAGGAACAGGGACAGGCCGGACCGUACUGGGGACACACACCACUGGCCCUAUGCAGGGAUCAGGAACGGGCCGGACCGGACUGGUAACACACCCCAGUACCUCUCGCCGUGCCUCCACACUUUCCUUCCCCUUUAACACCAGUGGCCCCCGUAACCUGUCGGCCUCCUCUGUCAACCCGCUGGACCGCUCUAUCGCGGCCUCCUGCUGCCCCGACGUCCACGUCGUGAGCCCCCACCCUAAAAAAUUUCUGGGUGUCUCUCCUCCCCGUGGACCAGGCCUCCCUAGUUCUCGCCAGACUCUCACCCCACUGCUCCAAAGUCCAACCACUCUGCUCUUCACUUGGCUUGGCCCAGUCGAGACUCUUAAUCCAUUGCUCCAUAGACCAGCCUCUCUGCUCUUCACUUGGCUGGGCCCAGUCGAGACUCCUACUCCACUGAUCCCAGGUCCAUCCUCUCUCCUCUUCACGCUGCUUGGUCCUGUCUUGGUGGGUUCUUCUGUCACGAUCGUCGGGAACAGAUGAGGACCAAGGCUCAGCGUUGCAGGCAAACAUACUCUUUAUUGAGCGAAACGUGAUCAAAACAACAAAGACGGUAACGUGACAGUACACGGUCAAACACAACCAACUUGAAACAAUAACCCACAAAAAACAAAGGAAAAACCGACAGUUUAAAUAUGGCUCCCAAUCAGAGACAACCAGCAAACAGCUGACACUCGUUGCCUCUGAUUGGGAGUCACUCAGGCCAACAUAGAAAUAGAGAACAUAGAUCUACACACCCUGGCUCAACAUAACAGUGUCCCCAGAGCCAGGGCGUGACAAUAUUAUGCAGUAGUAUAGUGGUAUAUUAUAUAAUACAGUAGUAUAGUGGUAUAGUAUAUAAUACAGUAGUAUAGGGGUAUAGUAUAUUAUAUAGUGGUAUAGUGGUAUAGUAUAUUAUAUAGUGGUAUAGUAUAUGAUACAUUAGUAUAUUGGUAUAGUAUAUUAUGCAGUAGUAUAGUGGUAUAUUAUAUUAUGCAGUAGUAUAAUGGUAUAUUAUAUAGUGGUAUAGUAUAUUAUGCAGUAGUAUAAUGGUAUAGUAUAUUAUAUAGUGGUAUAGUACAUGAUACAGUAGUAUAAUGGUAUGGAAAUUAUGAAGUAGUAUAGUGGUAUAGUAUAUUAUUAAGUAGUAUAGUGCUAUAUUAUAUUAUACAGUAUAGGAAAGUAUUUUGUAUUUUGAAAAUACAAUUUGCAGCUUUCGAAAGUAUUUUUUUUACAAAAUACAUUGGAGUGUAGUUCAGCCCAGUGUAGUACAACAUACAAAAUACUCAGAAGUAAUUAAAAUACGUAUUUCAAAUACAUGUGACAAAAUAUACUGCCCAUCUCUGAUCGUAGUUCAAUAACUCAGCAUCAACGACCCAACCUGGGCACUGGCAAUGGGUUAUUAUGUCCAAUAUUUACCCAAAUUGAGUUGUUUUUAAUAUAGCAUUUUUUUUGUGUGUGUGGUGCAGAAAGGGGUGUCCACUUGAGGUGGGUUUGAUAUAAAGGUGUUGACAUUAUGGAAGCAGAUAAAGGAGUCCUGCUGCUUUUCUGUUCUGAACUUUUUGAUCCAGAUGUCCAACUUGUAAUCAUGUCUCCAGGUGCGUUGUAACUGUGUGGAGUGUGUGUCCAGCUCGGAUGUGGACAGCCUUCGCCACUCCCGAUCCCGUCUCAACAUCUACCGAGCCCUGUCCAGCCCCUCCCUCAUCGCCCUUUCCAGUGAAGACCCCUUCCUCACAGCAUUCAGACUGAGCUGGGAACUAGAGGAACUCAGUAAGGUGAGGCUUGAUCAAGGGGGCGAAUGACUGAUUGGUUGAUUGGCUGAUUGGUUGAUUGGCUGAUUGAUUAGUUGGUUGGCUGAUUGGUUGAUUGGCUGAUUGGUUGAUUGGCUGAUUGGUUGAUUGGCUGAUUAGCUGGCUGAUUGGCUGAUUGGUUAGUUGGCUGGUUGGUUGGCUUAUUAGCUGACUGGCUGAUUGGCUGGCUGGCUGGUUGCUUGGUUGAUUGGCUGAUUAGCUGGCUGAUUGGUUGGUUGGUUGGCUUAUUAGCUGGCUGGCUGAUUGGCUGGCUGGCUGGCUGAUUGGUUGGCUGGCUGGCUGAUUGGCCAAUUGGCUGGCCGGCUGGUUGGUUGAUUUUGUAAAUGAAUAUCCCUUGCCUCCAUGCUAAACUUAUGAUGAUCUUUAGGGCCCAGGGUUUUUCAUUGAAUUAAUUAAUGAAUAUACUCUGCUCUCCCUUUAUUCCAGGUGGAGAAUGAGUUUAAGUCGGAGUAUGAGGAGUUAUCCCAACAGUGUAAGCAGUUUGCUAAAGACCUUCUGGAUCAGACCAGGAGCUCCAGAGAGCUGGAGAUGAUCCUGAACUACAGAGACGACCUCAACCUACUGGAGGAGGAGGCUAACAACGACCUAGCUAGACUCAAACUGGCUAUUAAAUACCACCAGAAAGAG